AUGGCGGCCAACAUCUCCAAGAAGCGCAAAUUCGUCGCCGACGGUGUGUUCUACGCCGAGCUCAAUGAGCUCUUGCAGCGUGAGCUCUACGGGGACGGGUACUCUGGCGUGGAAGUGCGUGUGACGCCCAUGCGGACCGAGAUCAUCAUUCGUGCCACUCGUACCCAAGAGGUGCUGGGCGAAAAGGGACAGCGCAUUCGUGCCCUCACGUCCGUCGUCCAGAAACGUUUUAACUUUCCCGAUGGAGCUGUUGAGCUGUACGCUGAGCGCGUGGCCAACCGCGGUCUGUGCUCGCAGGCUCAAGCCGAGUCGCUCAAGUACCGUCUUCUUGGUGGCUUGGCAGUGCGUCGUGCUUGUUACUCGGUCGUGCGCUUCGUCAUGGAAGCUGGAGCUAAAGGUGUGCAGGUCAUUGUAUCGGGCAAGCUGCGUGCUCAGCGUGCAAAGGCUAUGAAGUUCAAUGAGGGCUACAUGGUCAAGACGGGUAAUGCAUCGCAAGAGUACGUGGACACGGCGGUGCGUCACGUCAUGAUGCGUCAAGGUGUGCUUGGCGUCAAGGUAUCGAUCAUGCUGCCUCAUGACCCGACGGGCAAACAGGGACCGAAACGCGCAUUGGACGACGUGGUGACGAUCCUCGAGCCCAAGGAGGAGGUGUACCGUCCGUACGUGGAACCCACGACGCCGAUUGUGCCUGUAGCUGCUCCAGUGGCUGCUGGUCCUGUGGACUCAAUGUACCAACCCAUGGCUUAA